UCGAUCGGCAAUGACAGCAAAGCAGGUAGCCACUAGCAAAGCAGGAAACCACUAGCGAGCGACAGAAAGGAGCAAGAGCUCGCACCCCAUGGCAGUUCUGCUGGAUCUGCUGGUGCUUCGCUCCUCGCCGCUGCCUCGAUUCGCUGGUGCCCGCGGGCUUGCGCCGCGCCGGUGGUCCGGGGCAUCCAGGCAAGGAGGGGGAGCGAUGCCGCCGGCUGUUCCGUGGCUCCGCCCCGUCGUGCCGGGGAAGCAUGGAGGAGAGGCUCGCCGGGGGAGGGAAGGGGCGGCGCUGCCGACCGCCGGCCGUUCCGUGGCUCCGCGGCGUCGUGCUGGGGAAGCGUGGAGGGACAAGCUCGCCGGGGAAGCGAAGGAGCGGCGCUGCCGACCGGGCCGCCGCCGCCGCGCGUGGGCCUGUGCGGGAGGAACAGAGUGAAGACCGCGCCCUGGAGUGCGGGCCGGGCCGAGAAAACGGCCCUCAGGCCCACCUCGCGCCCAAAGCCCGGUACGGCGACAGUGUCAGGUAAUUUCGCCUUCAAAUACCCCCGCCUUGGCGCCCGAGCGUAACCGCCUCAACCAACAGCCUUCUCCCCGUCGCCGGAGCUCCAAGAAACCAAGACCCCGCUCUCCACCGCGCAGUGCCCACCUCCUCUGCUCCCCAGCGGCCCGGCGCCGGCGGCGACCGAUGGACCGGUUCUACGACGAGCAGUACGUGCGGCUGCGGAACCGCGAGCUCGACAAGUACUACCUCCACGCCGACGACGACGGGGUGGGCGUCUCCAUCAGCCAGCGCCGCAACUCACUGAACGUGGCCUGGAGGGUGCACAUCUACCACGCCGCCAACGGCCCGUACCUGCUCCUCCACAGCGCCGCCUACGGCCGCUACCUUGCCGCCACGGCCACGCCGGCGCCGGCCUUGUACCACGGCUUCCGCGCCGAGCUACGCGACUACGACCAGCCGGAGGUGCCGGAGAUCAUGUGGCUGGACAUCAGGGCGGGGCUGGGGCGUGGUGUCCUGCUUCAAAACGCCCGCGACCGCUACCUCCGCGCCAACGGCAAGUACCUACGCUGGAACACCGGCGUCACCGUCGAGAACAGAGACAUUGUGAAUGAGAAGGUCAGCGCCAUGAUGCGCUGGAUUGUCGAGCCCAUCGCCCUCACAGAGCGCGCGCCUCGCAUUUCAGACCCGAUUCGGGCCCGCCUCCCUGAAGACCUCUCCGUCGUCGUGUUCGGGCGCCAGCCAGGGGCGUGGCGGGGGAUUCGGUUCGUGCAAGCGAGCAACGAGGGGCUCUACAACGAGGCCGGGCAAGGCUGGGCCACAGACCAUAUCAGGGGGAGGUCCUUGUACUACCUGAGGGACAAGCUGGCUAGACGGGUCAACCAGCAGCCCGACGGCAUCGCCAUGUGCAUCCGAGCGGGCCGCUACGGGAGGCUGACCCCACUCGUCGUCGACCUGCCCCGCAGUGGCUGGGGCGACAUCUACCAGAUUGUCGUCAUCAUCUCCGGGACCCCUGCCUAUGCUGCGCCGGCCUUGUACCACGGUUUCCGCGCCGUGCAGCGCGACUACGACCACCCGGUGGUGCCGGAGAUCAUGUGGCUGGACAUCAGGGCCGGGCUGGGGCGUGGCGUCCUGCUCCAGAACGGCGGCGACCGCUACCUCCGCGCCAACGGCAAGUACCUCCGCUGGAACUCCGGCGUCACCGUCGAGAGCAGAGAUAUUGAGAACGAGAAGGUCAGCUCCAUGAUGCGCUGGAUCGUUGAGCCCAUCGACCUCGCAGAGCGCGCGCCUCGCAUUCCAGACCCGAUUCGGGCCCGCCUCUCGGUCAUCGUGUUCGGUCGCCAGCCGGGGCCAUGGCGGGGGAUUCGGUUCCCCCAGGCCGACAGCAUCGCCAUGCGCGUCUGAGCGGGCUGCUACGGGAAGCCGACCCCACUCGUCGUCGACCUGCCCCGCAGAGGCCCUGCCUUAACAGAGAAAAUUGGCAACCAUGGAUCAGGUGAAAUGGUUGUAAAGCACCUUGAAGAAAGUAAUGAUUGUAAAUCAAAACCAUCUGAGGCUGGAUCAGAGCAAUACGUUCGGGGAGAGCUGUCAGCUAACCCAUCUGGGUCUGCCGGGGAAUCGCUGAUGGAGCAUCCAGACGUAUGCAUUGAGGCUGCAAGAACAAAAUUCCUGGUUGCGACAAACAGAAGGCACAGCAUCACAAAGGAACUCACUCAGGCCACAGAUACGCUAGCGUUCCUGCAGCAGCAGAACGUUGCUGCUCUCUCCAAGGAGGAGCGCAAAGCGGCAGUUAAAGAGAUGAGGAAUCUGAAAGAGAAGAUAAGAAAACUAGGUGUGGCUGCAGCCCUAGCAGAUGAAGAAGUUGCCGAUGGGCAUGACGAGUUUGCUAGGUCACAAUUACGCCAUGGAUUGUGAGCUCUGCGGACUGUACACUGAAAGAGCCUAUGAUGCGCUGCGAUACCCGAAUGUCGGCGGAGCGUAGAGAAGGAUCAGAGCCGGAGUCCUGACAGUUCACCUCUUCAGAAGUUUCGACGCCUCGGACACAACAAUGGCAUAACUGAACGCCUGCUUUAGCACAUAGAUAGAUAUAGAUUGAGAAAACUCAUCAGCUCUUGUGUUUCUUCUGCUAGCUAAACUCUGAUGCUGGUUGUAGUAGUCGUUGCAGUGUCACACUUCUGACAUUCAUUUCUGUGAUGUGCUUGCUACUGCUUCCUGGAUGAAGCAUUUCACUGUGGGGUUCUUGUAGUGAAUCGAUGAUCCUGCAAUCCUUUUGGAUGAUGGAUGCACUUUGCAUAAACGGAAAAUGCAGUGGUUGUUGCCAGUAAUGGUUUGAUGAUCCUGUUUUCUGUUAGGC